UAUUAUUGCCCCCCUUUACCACUUCAAACAAUAAAUUAAACUUCAUACCACUCAAUACAACACAAACCCUAAAACACAUAUAUAGAGUAUGGCAUCCAAAAUAAUCUUUUGCCACUACUUGAUGAGCAUAUUGAUAGUGAUAUUGGGAACAAUCAUCCUGACUUAUUGUCCGGUUUCCUCUCGACCUUUUGUACGCCGCGAUGCAGAUAACUCGACGUCGUCCCUGCGAGCCAUCUUCCGUGACUGGAUGACUCUUCAUGGAAAGAGUUACCCACUCGCAAGUGACGAAUAUGAAAUGCGUUUUCAGAUAUUCAAAGAAAACGUGAACUACAUUGAGGCUUUCAACGCCAAACCCGGCCAGAGUUACAAGCUCGGGAUUAACCAGUUUACAGACUUGACUAGGGACGAGUUUAGUGUCACUUAUGCAAGUGGUUUGAAAAGCGUGAAUAUACCGAAGCCAAAACGGUUUUCCGCUUCAGCCUCGAAGGAACGGUUUUCUGCUUCAGCCUCGAAAGAGAGUCCUCCAGACCGCGUAAGCUGGAUAGCCAACGGUGCCACAACAAAAGUCAAGAACCAAGGCCGAUGCGGUAGUUGCUGGACAUUUUCGGCGGUGGCAGCGGUGGAGGGUCUGAAGUAUAUAAAAACCGGCAAUCUGUCCUCCCUCUCGGAGCAAGAGCUUCUGGAGUGUGCCGUCCCCCGCAACGUAGACCCCUGCACCGGCUACACCCUGGAUGGUGCAUACCACGCCAUCAUGCAGGCCGGCCUGGCCACGGAGGAAGACUACCCCUACACCGCAACCAGAGGAGCCUGCAGCUUAAACCACCACCCGGUUGCGGCCACGAUUGCGGGUUACGACUCCCUUUUCCCCGGAAGCAACGAGGCCGAGCUCUUGGAACUGGUGGCGGAGCAGCCGGUGUCCGUGGGCAUCAACGCCGCUUCAGAAGGCUUCCAGCACUACGUUAACGGAGUGUUCGAUGGGGAAUGUGACCAGGACAGCCUGAACCACGCCGUGACGAUAGUCGGGUACGGACCAGCCCGCGAGGCCGGCAUAGAUUAUUGGACGAUUAAGAACUCUUGGGGCGUUGGUUGGGGCAGGUCGGGGUAUAUGAGGAUUCAAAGGGGUCGGAGUGGCCCCAAAGGGCAUUGCGGCAUUGCUGUCGAUGCUUACUAUCCAAUCUGGUCCAACUAGCCGCUUGUCCACCAUCUCUUCUUUACCUCUAAACAUCUACUACCUCCGUCCCACUCUCUUUGUCCACUUUUGACUUUUGGAAUUGUUCAUCUAAACACUUUGACUCAUCAAAUUCUCUCAAUGUGUAAGCCUAAAUAUAGUCAUGUGUGAUCU